UCAAAACCCAACACCGUCUCAAGCAGAUCACGAGGCUUGUCCACACUUAGCACAAUGACCACACCAACGAAGUUGAUCCAGUCGUUGAGCGGCAGAGCUCUGGGGUCUGCUACGACAAAUGUGCCAGCCGCUUUGGGUCCCAUUGUCCCUGAUUUGCAUGCCCAGCAGCCCAGCAGGGACAUAAGGCUGACAGGGAGAUACGGUUCCGUCGUCCCCAUUAGCCCUGCUCACGCCGAUGACCUCUGGGAUUCUUUGCAGGUCCCUGAUUCGGCGAGCCUCUUCGAUUACCUCUUCGACGAGCCGUACAACUCUCUAGAUGCGCUCAACAGCGCCAUCGCCAAAAAAGCGGCGGCAUCUGAUACUUGGACCUAUGCCAUACUUCGAAAAUCGUGUUCUGGUCCACCGAAGGCCGUCGGGAUGGCCUCGCUCAUGAGAAUGGAUCUCCCAAAUCGAGUUAUCGAGGUUGGGAGCAUCCUGUAUUCCCCCACUCUUCAACGCACCCCCUGCGCUACCGAGGCGAUGUAUCUGCUGGCAUCACACGUGUUUGAGACACUGGGAUUCCGGAGGUACGAGUGGAAGUGCAAUGACCUGAAUACUCCAUCGCGCCGGGCGGCCGUCCGACUGGGCUUCACGUACGAGGGCACAUUCAGGCAGCACAUGAUUGCCAAGGGCCGCAAUCGUGAUACCGCGUGGUACUCCAUGCUGGAUAGGGAGUGGCCAACGACCAAAAGGGGAUUCGAGCAGUGGUUGGACCCUUCCAAUUUUGAUACGGAGGGCAAGCAAAAGAGAAAGCUUGAGGAUUGUAUGGCCGAAGUGUCAACGAAAUCCGAUGCCUAG